AGUCAGCUGUUUCAAGCCAUUUCCUGGCAAAGUUUGUUGGUUUAUUCUUGUUGAAAAGAUUGAAAUGUGUUGUAGCUAUUGAGGUUGUUAACAAAACAAUGCAUGCAAAAUGUUUUGAGUAAAGAAAGCUUUUAAAAACUCUUGAGGGGGAAGUGUGCAGAGAGCAGCCCAUCUUGAGUCGAAAUCUGGUUAGAAGAGUUACAGCAUUACUUACCGCAAUUACACCUGCAUUUGUAAGUUCUUGUUCUUAUGAAGCCUUCCCAAUUUCUAUGUUCGAGGUCAACUUCAAACAAUCAAUAAAAAGGAGAGUACAAAUGUUUUGUGUUGAGCCAUACUGAAUGUAGAUUUCAAGGUAAUUCAUAAAUUCAAGACAAUAGAUGGUGGGUGCUAGCCAGUGCAUGUUUUCAGUGAGGCUGUAACAGCAUAUGCUCAACAGGUGUAAUCCGCUUUAAUCUGGACUUCUUACUGUGGCCAUGUAGAUUUGGAAGAUAGGGAGCGAAUGAAAGCAAAAAACAGUCGUUGUUGCUCUUUUAAUUAUUAUUAUAGGUUUUACAUCAAAUUAAGUCUUUAAAUGAUCUUUAAAGUAAUUUAAUUACGUGGAAAGAGAUUCUGUUUGGAUUUGAUUAUUGGAUUGAGAGUAGCAGAUUACCAACCAACAAUUUCAUUACACUGGGAAGAGAAACUACUGGAGUAAACAAUCCAGCUUUUUCAUGUAUCGGGAACAUCGAUAAUCAGGUAAGAUAUUGCACUGUACAGGUUGUGAAGGAAUGUAUUUAUUUGUCAUCAAAAAUUGGAGGCAGCCUACAAGGCCAAAACCUUAACUAAAGGAAAGGCUGUUGCAAGCUGUGAUCCAACUAAUUUAAAAUGCUUUGAAAAAUAUUCACUCAAUUAUUUACAUGAGAUUUUUUCUUGGCAGCUAUAGUUAAAAGAAAAAAACCUCUUCCAUUAUCUGCUUGAAUGCAUAAGUAUAGAAUGUUGCAAAGUAAACACCAUGUUAAUUUUGAAUCCUACAGCGAGCGUUUGAUUAAUUGCAUCAUAAAAACCAGUGUCAUUAUUGUGACUUCUCAAAUUUAAAAUAGAUCCAACCCCCUGUUAUGAAGACCAGUGCACUAAUGCACAUUGAGAAGGGGGGAAAAAAAGCUUCUUACACUUAGUUUGGUUGUCAUGUUUUUUUUUUUUUUAUCAUUUUUUAAAGCUUCUUUUAAUGUAUAUUAUUUCAAAAUCCUUGUAAGGAAAUUGAGGCACAAUUAGUUUGCCAUGCAUGUUAAGAUAAUUUAAUGAUAAACAAUGCUAUUUAUGGUAUUGAUGUUAGUAUAUUGUCUGAUAGUGAUCCUAACAAGAUAUAUUUUGGAGUUUUGGGAAGGGAAUAAUAUUUCACACCCUGAAAUAGAAUAUAUUUCAUGGACAUGCUAGAAGGUGCCAUAAUUCUGUGCUCCUACGAGAAUGGCUAAUAGGCCUGACAGCAAAGUACUAUAUUUGGAGCAAAAAUAAACCAACAUGCAACUUCUAACAUCAAGAGACAUUAGUCAGGUUAGACACCAUAUUGAACUAAACAUUUAUAAAAACGAGAGUUACCGUUUUUGCGAUGGCAUGCACGUAAUUUUCACAACUUCUGUGCAGUUUUUGUUGACGUUCCGUUUACUUGUUAAACAAUACUACAAUCCAUUGAAUGCACUGUAUUUCUGUCGCUCAUUUGUCUCGUUUUCAUUCCUGUCAAAAAUUAAAUAUGUCACUACCCUGACUUAAGUCUACGUUGGCGGCAAAAUCAUGCUCUGGCGCACUUUUUGACAAGAGGAACUGGGUAGCUUGCACUCAAACGUGGAUAAUUGAUCUGCCAAACUGAUGUGUGGCAAUUCAAAUUUGCCAAAGCCUAUGUACUAAAGCACUGAAUAUUUGAGAACCCAAAUGCACUUCUUAUUUCCCCAGGUGUUCACCAUGCUCACCAGCUUUGUGGAUGGAAUAUGCUGUUGCUUUACAGGGAAGUCCACUAACGUUGUGGUCCCUGUUGAGUCUUCCGAGCCCACCGAUGGUUUUGAAUUUGUUGAGGUAAAGCCAGGAAGGGUUCUGAGAGUUCAGCAUAUUAUCCCAGACAGACCAGUGGUUGAGGAGCCAGGUACUGGGGAAGGGGGUACGGUCAGCUGCAAGCGCAAAAUCUCAAUGUACCGAAAUGGACAGCUUCUGAUCGAGAACGUCAAUGAAGCCACCCAUCCAGAGUUGGUCCACUAUCAGAAUGGAGACAGCACUGUGGAUACGGAUGUUUCCAAUUGUGAGGCUCCCCCAGCAGCUCAGGCUUCUGAACACACACCGGGGUCGGCGACAGCAGGACAGGCUAUGGAUAGCAAACCUGCACCUCAGCAGAAUCUGCAGCAAGUGCAGCGCAGACGGCGCAAACCCAAAUGCUCCAUUGUGAUUGACUGUGAGCGGAAGAUCACAUGCUGCAAAGGUACUCACCCUGAUGUGGCCUUGUUUUUCAUUCAUGGAGUUGGGGGGUCGUUGGAUAUCUGGGGAAACCAACUGGACUAUUUCUCCCAACUUGGUUACGAGGUCAUUGCCCCAGACUUGGCUGGCCAUGGUGCAAGUUCUGCUCCUCAGAUUCCCGCUGCCUAUACCUUUUACGCUUUGGCUGAGGACGUUAGGAUCAUCUUCAAGCGAUAUGCAAAGAAGCGUAAUAUUUUAGUAGGACACUCUUAUGGUGUCUCGUUUUGUACCUUCUUGGCUCAUGAGUAUCCAGAACAAGUUCAUAAAGUUGUGAUGAUUAAUGGUGGAGGUCCUACAGCACUCGAGCCCAGUCUCUGCUCUGUCUUCAGCUUGCCCACGUGUGUCCUUAAUUUCCUGUCCCCGUGUCUCACCUGGAGCUUUCUCAUGUAAGAAUAAUGGUCCACAGGACACAUUUGUCAUUGCCUUGCCCUUUGCCAGCUUGAACGUGAGUGUCUAUGUUUGGCAACUACCUUGUUAAUUUAAUUAAAUAGUUUUAGCAAAAUCCUAUAGUAUA